CAGCUGGAACGCGAGCGCGCGCCCCGCCGAGCGCCCGCCCGCCGGGGGCCUGAGCGCUGGGGCGCGUGCGCGAGCGGUGCAGCACCGGCCGCGGGAGCAGGGACUAUUAUGGGCUGUGGGUGCCGCUGAGCAAGAUGGAGCUGUCUGCAGUAGGCGAGCGGGUCUUCGCGGCCGAAUCCAUCAUCAAACGCCGGAUCCGCAAGGGACGCAUCGAGUACCUGGUGAAAUGGAAAGGGUGGGCGAUCAAGUACAGCACUUGGGAGCCAGAAGAGAACAUUCUGGAUUCGAGGCUCAUCGCAGCCUUCGAGCAGAAGGAAAGGGAACGUGAGCUGUAUGGGCCCAAGAAGAGGGGACCGAAACCCAAAACUUUCCUUCUAAAGGCCCGGGCCCAGGCGGAGGCCCUCCGCAUCAGUGAUGUGCAUUUCUCUGUCAAGCCAAGCGCCAGCGCCUCUUCGCCUAAGCUGCACUCCAGCGCUGCGGUGCACCGGCUCAAGAAAGACAUCCGCCGCUGCCACCGUAUGUCCCGCCGCCCCCUGCCACGACCAGACCCACAAGGGGGUAGCCCUGGCCUGCGCCCACCCAUCUCGCCCUUUUCUGAGACCGUGCGCAUCAUCAACCGCAAGGUGAAGCCCCGGGAACCCAAGAGGAACCGCAUCAUCCUGAACCUGAAGGUGAUUGACAAGGGCCCGGGAGGUGGCAGCACUGCGCAGGGCACCGGGGCUCUGGCCCGCCCGAAAGUCCCCUCGCGAAACCGGGUCAUUGGGAAGAGCAAGAAGUUCAGUGAGAGUAUGCUCCGCACCCAGAUCCGCCACAUGAAGUUUGGCACUUUUGCGCUCUACAAGCCCCCUCCCGCCCCUCUAGCGCCCUCUACUGCGGGCAAAGCCGACGUGGCCUCCUCGGGGCCUGGGCUGCUCCUGGCCACCCCAGCUGCUGCCCCCUUUGACGCACACAGCUCCAGCUCUUCCGGCUGCCCCUCACCCACACUGCAGUCCUCUGACCCAGACGAUGCACCACCCAAGCUACUCCCCGAGACCAUGAGCCGAUCUGCGCCCAACUGGCGAGAGUCAGAGGUGCUCGAUCUGUCCAUCCCUCCUGAGGCGGCUGCCACCGGCCAGCGGGUGCCUCCUGAUGUCACUACUGCUGCGGGCCAGGCGCUACACACAGCUCUGGAGCCCACAGGUGUCGGAUCCUCCGAGCCUGAGGCUGGAGAUUGGCGCCCCGAGAUGUCGCCAUGCUCCAAUGUAGUCGUCACGGAUGUCACCAGUAACCUCCUGACCGUGACCAUCAAGGAAUUCUGCAGCCCUGAGGAUUUCGAGAAGGUGGCUGCUGGGGUGGCAGGUGCCACAGGGGGUGGGGGUGGCACUGGGCCAAGUAAGUGAGGAGUUUCCUCAAGGAGGGAGGCUUUUGGGGGGCCUCCUUCCUGGAGUCAUCCUUGUGCUCCCACCCCAUCCCUACCCUCAGACCUGUAUGCCUGUGCUUUGCCUGCCUCAAAUGGCUUAGUGUUGACCCAGGGAUGGGGGCUGGUAGUCCUGGACUUGGUUAGGGCCCUGAUAGGGCCCGGGAAGGAAGAUUUGCUCCCUGGUGUCCCUGGCACUGUCCCUGACUGUGCAGGUGGGGCUCACUAGAUGGUUUCUGGGGAAUCCCCAGAACUUGGGGUUUACCUAUCCUAUCUAUACCCCACCCUGCCUCUCCUAGCUUGCUUCUUGCUCUGUGUGCAGUGUCUGGUCCCGGUGCUAUAUUGGCAUCUGCAGGGCCCCCAGGAGAUCCCGCCUAGGGUGGACACAGUCUCACCAUCCUGGCAUUGAGUGAAGGAUGAGGCCAAAACGGGUCCCUCCCUCGACACCAUUGAGGGUGGCAGCAGCUGGGCCAAAGGUCCCCUUCCCUGCUUGCCUACAUGUGGACCAGGCCUAUGCAGAUCUCCUGCCCCACACACUGUCUCUAUCCAAACCCCCCUUUGAAGGUGGAGGGGCUGGCAGACAUGGCACCCCACCACAGCCUCUGGGCAUCGAAAACCCCUUCCGUUUCCUACCAAAGGUGCUGCAAGAACCUGCUGUGGAAACUUCUGGCUGUGCAUGUAUGUUUGCCCCUUGGCUUAUUCUUGUGUAGAUCUGUGUGUGUGCUGGGUGCAGGGUCUCAGUUUUCCCUGUAGCACCCUUUACAGUUCCUCAGAACAGGGUCACUGAAGGCGUGGCCUCCCUUGCCUUAGUCAGGCCUGGCACAGUCCAGUCUGUCACAGGCUGCUCCAAUCCCAGGUUGCUGGGGGACAUGGAGCCCUCAGGCCCUUCCUGGAGUGGUUAUCUUGAAGGUCAGACCUUCAUUGCAGACUUGGCACUGUGGGGACUGUGGUAGAGGAAGAGCCCAGCUGCAGCCUCUCGAUGCAGAUGUUUGUGGAGGAAAGAGGAGGCCCAGAGACCCCCCGCCCCCAGGGUCUUCCGCUUCCCCCACUCCUGGUUUGCUUUUAACUGCUGAGGCUUCUGACAGUCUAGCCUGUUGGAAGACUUCGGGUGCCUUGGGCAACUUCUGUUGCCCUCUGCUGCUAGGGAACCGAGGCAUCCAUGCCCAUGGCAGAGACCAAAGCCCCAGAAUCAGGCCAGGCACCGGGAGAGUAGGCAGAGAGGGGAGAGAGCACAGAGGUGUCUGUGUUCAGCAGAGAGGGAGGUGCAGGUCCCCAGGCAGCCCUGGCCUGUUCUUGGCCACGGCCUGGGAUUCACCUGGGUAUUGAAUGGCAUGUUCCUGGGUGUAGCCUGAGCUGGCUUCUGGUGUACACAGUCCUUGGUACCUUGCUCAGAAGCAUGGGAAGAGGCAGAACCACGUGAUCUAAGGACAAGUAUUCUGGUCUUAGAGGGAGAUAUUCGUCCCUGCCACCCACCUGCCAGGGUCCGCAGCACAGCCCCAGCCCUCCUUGCCCCAGGGUAUAAAACAGGGGCCCUCACAGGGUUUGAGGGGUCCACAGUCUGGUCCCACCUUGCCCUGUGUUAGCUCCCAUACCGUCCAAGUGCCAAUUGGCUUUUCCCCCAAAUAAGGGCUGGUAUUUCGCCUCUGUCCCCAGGGGCGAUUUCCCCUCCCCUUUCCCCAGGUGAGCCACCACUUGGGUGCCAGUUACAGGUGUUUGCAGAGACCAUAGAAAUGUGUUUUCCUGAAAGUCUGUGUCAUUUGUGACCUUUUUUUGUAAAGAAGUUGUGUUUUCAGAGGUGAUUUUAUGACAGGAAAGUGAAAGAGUUAGUUUUGCAAAAAAGAAAAAGAAAAAAAAAUUUUAAAAAGGAAAAAAAAAGAAAAGAAAAAAUAGUAAAAAAAAAAAAAAAAAAAAAAAAAAAAAAAACAAAAAAAAAAAACAAAAAACCAUUGUAGGACUCCUAAGAGUGUAAGGUGGAGGGGAGAAAGCUAUUUAAGAAGAACGUAUUAACGCAGCGAUUGCACAGGUGAGGUGGCAACGUUGGGCUGGGGUGGAGGCCUGAGCUAGCUGGUGGGUUCCCUGGGAUGGAAGGCACCACAGAGUUGACCACGGCUGCCGUGAUAGCAGGCAGGGUGAGUCUUGUGACAUAGGAACAUGCUUCCAGUUGCUUGAAAGAAAGGACAGCCAGUCCCAAGUAGCAGGAAGUGCAGGGGACAGGCAGAUGGCGGUAGUGGGACCCAAAAGUUGGUGCCUUUCCCCCAGGAAGGCUUCCCACCCAUGGGCUCUUACUCUUCAGCUCUCUGGGUCAUGUAGCUCCGCAGACACCCUGAUGUCUCAGGCACCUUUGAGUAUUCCUGGUUAGGAAAGGGACACAGGCAUCAGAAAGCGGCUGACGGAGUAAUCCCCUCCGCACUCAUGCGCAAGGCCUCAAGGUGCACGGACACAGCAAAGUCAUGGGCCUGCCAGUGAGCAGAGCCCUUCUCUCUUCUGAAUGGUCUGGAGCUGGAGGCCCAGAGGCUGCACAGACUCCUACACAGCCCUGCAUCAUCAGCCUACUGCAGGCCCCUCCCCCACCCCUGCUGCUCUUCAUUUGCCUAAUUACCAAGCGGAAGUUGCAGUCCAGUUUGCUUUAUUUUUGUAUGUGAAAUGAGUGCCCCCUACACCCCUGCAGGUCGUGCCCUGUAAGCGCACCCUUCCCACUUGUCAGGAACUAGGAGUGGGUGAGUUCUAGGUCUUGGGUUUUGAGAUGGAAGGUUGGGACCCAUCCCUGCUGUUCUUGCCCUGAUCUAAGUCAAUCCCUCUGUGUAAGGCUGGGCAGGGCAGCGAGGCCUCAGCAUGAAGCAUUCUGGGGCCUCCGGGUGCCCAGCUUGAGGGAGCAAAAUGAGCCUCCCUCACUGGCUUCAGUGGGAGCUGGUGGAAUGGAGGGCAUUGUCUCAUUUCAAGGGAGGCUGAGCUAUUUCACUGGAUUAUGAAGGCUUCCGAGCCCAGGCUGCCCUGGCCUUUAAAGGGAAAGGUGGGACUCUGGCUAGCCACGGCCUAGGCUGGAGAGUUGGCCCUAGCCAAAACUAGGUCAGUCAAGGAUGGGCUGGCCUCUGGGUACCUGAGAGGGCAUACCCACCCCUUCUCCUUACUUUUCUGGUUUGUUCGGGUUUUGGGGGGUUUUGUUUUGUUUUUCUUUUUCUUCUUAUGUUUUGUUUUGUUUUGUUGCACUUCAGUGGAUGGUGGAGCCCAGCCUGCUCAGUUCUACCCUUGGGUUCCGGUGCACUAGACCGAGGUGGCCUCUCUGAGGCUUCUGUGGUUCAAGGAAUCACUUUUUAAAAGAUAAGAGAAAUUUUAAGGAUUUUAGUUUUGUUCUGUCUGCUUCUCUUCUUGGUUCAGAAAGCCCAGAGAGUGGUUGGCACCUGGUCAGGUCGGGGCUUAGGACCCCACUUCCCAGCCUACAGUUCCCUCUGUCCUUAAAGGAGUUAGGGCUCCACUUUGGCCCUGUGCAGUGCACCAGCCAUGUGAUGGAGCCAGAGGGUCUGAAGGGGCCAAGUGGCAGGGGUCAGACACUGGGCACACCUGGGCUGAGGGGGAAGCAGGCAUCUUUUUGUUGGUUUUAACUUAAAAACACAAAGGCCUAAAGAAAUAUGUAUCUUAUAAUUUUUUUAAUUUUUAAGAAGCUCGUUUGAUGAACUGCACGAAUGGAUUAUAUAUAUAUAUAUAUAUAAAAUAUACGUACAUAGCUCUAUAUUUGGGGACGGGCACUGUCUCUUUUCUCUCACAUUUUAAAGAUGAAGUGUCUUUGCCUUUGUCUGUGGUUCAACCAUCCAGCCCCCAGCUGGCUAAACUUUGCCUCCAGUGGUUAAUGGCAGGAACGUAAUAAAGCUGGCCAAUGGACGAAGGGGCGGGCCCCCCAGUCUGCCCUGCCCCUCGAGAGGACUUCCAGUGGGGAAGAUAGCUUAUUUUGGACGUGGGUUCGGUAGAUCUGGGCCAGGGGAGGGCGGGCUCGUGCUGAUCACUCUGUCUUGUACGUUUUGUUCUGCUGCUCUUCAAUAUUGUAUCGAUGCCAGGAAAGGGGGUGAAACCUCCUUCACCCCCAAAUAAAUCGUCACAUUCCGGAGCUGUA